UCGUUGCGCUCACGUCCCUCCCAUUCAGUCAACUCUCUACGAAGCGGGCAGUCAAGCGUUUUCAUAGCGCAAAGCCCCAUCACACGUCAGAGACGACAUCAUUAUUUAGGGUUGAAUCAAGUAGGGAAGAAAGUUUUGCGACAGACAGUGUUGCCAAGCAGCUCCUAGGUAGUGGACCUAGUUAUUUCGCACAGUUUAUCGCCCAGUUCUUACGGAUAUUAUUUUUAUAGAUCAGCUAUGCCCCACACCGUGACAUUGAAUGGACCCUCACCUUGGGGUUUUCGACUGGUCGGUGGAAGAGACUUCAGUACACCGUUAACUAUUUCGAGGGUGACACCGGGCAGUAAGGCAGCACAGGGGGACCUGUGUCCUGGAGACACCAUCCUGGUCAUCAAUGGAGACAGCACAGAGACCAUGACACACAUGGAGGCCCAGAACAGGAUCAAGGCCUGCAUGGGGGAGCUCACACUGGCAAUAAUCAGGUCAGGAGACAAAGUCUGGUCUCCAAAUGUUAUUGAAGAUGGCAAGACAAGUCCAUACAUGGCCACAUUGGAGACUGAGUCACCACAGAAUUUCCGACCCAUUAGCACUGGACCAAUGACCAGUGGAUACACCAGUGGUUACAGCAGCAGCUACAGCAGGGGGAACAACAGCAGCGGUUACAGCCGAAAACCCUCCCACACUCCCGAGCUGCCGCAUCUCAACAACGGCACCUCCAAGCAGUCCAACCACGCGCAGUACAACAACCCAGCCAGCAUGUACGCACACAACAACGGCAGCAACGGAGACCGAGACAGGGUCUUGCCAAAACAAAUGGGCGGCCUGAGCCUGAGUUCCCCUCACAGCCCUGAGCCUCCGAUGCGUUCUCCAAUGGGCCGUAAUGGAAACGGUCAUAGUUUUGAAGUCACUACAGAGUCAGAUGUGUACAAGAUGCUGCAAGACACAGAGGAGCCAGUCUCCGCACCCAAACAAUCCGGCUCCUUCAAAUACCUACAAGGCAUAUUGGAGGCAGAGGAUGGAGGUGUGUCCCCCACUGACAUGUCUGGAGUGAGAGGCCUUAGGUCCCCGGACCGAUCCCCAGUCCCUAAACUGGGCAGCCCCAUCCCCGGCCACAUGGGCCCCAUGCCCGGCCUACAGAAACUACCCCAGUGCACGCGCUGUGGCAACGGCAUAGUGGGAACCAUCGUGAAGGCCAGAGACAAACUGUACCACACAGAGUGCUUCAUGUGUGAUGACUGCGGCCUGAACCUCAAGCAGAGGGGCUACUUCUUCAUCGAGGAGAACUUGUACUGUGAGACCCACGCCAUGGCCCGUGUACAGCCGCCGGAGGGAUAUGACGUGGUCGCCGUCUACCCCAACUCCAAGGUUGAACUGGUCUGAACGUGUCUGUCUCUCACACAGUCCCCCCUCAGACAUGUGCCUGCAGUCUUAUCCACAGCUCCCAGCCCGUAUAAAUGUGCUCCAUUUCCAAUGCACUACAUGUCCAAGCUGUUGCCAGGAAAUAUCAGUUUAGAGUUGGAUACUAGAGAGUGGGAAAAUGGAGUUUCCAAAGGUUUUAAGUCUCUCUUUAAUUCUUUCACACUUACAGCGUACUAUUCCUAUUUCGGAUGGAUGAAUUUUUUUUACACCUGCUGAGUAAAAAAAAAACGAUGUUUUAUUCAACCUAUUUUACUAAAAUUGGGGGGCUUUUCUUUGUGUCAAUAGCACUUUUAGACUAUGUUGAAACAUAAGCAAAUUCAACAGAAUGACCUCUCACAUUUUGGGAUGGUUUUCUAUUUUUAACUCUGCCGACUACAAUACAGUUAGCGGAAUGGAAUCGGGUCAAGCACCUGACUGAGAAUGGAAUUAACCUUUCACUGCUUCUCAUACUGUUACUGAUACAAUUAAAGAACCCCGGCUUUAUUACAUCUGUUGAGGUGCAACCCAGUGCCACACGAGAAAGCCUUUUGUCUCUCCACUGUAAGCAGCUUUUAAAAAGCUGUGGGGAGCAAAGACGCAGGACAAGGCCAUGGAAAAUAUUGAAAUCCAGCCGGUGAAUCUAGAAACAUAUGGGAAUAAUAUACAAUUGUUUAGUGUUUUUUUUUUUUGGCACAUUUUGUUGAAAUAGACAGUGAUUGUUGGCUAAGGGAACGUAUUUGAAAGAGUGUGUCGUUUUUUUCUUGUUUGAUUUUAACAUAUAUCUAGUCACAGCCAGGCCACUAAAUGAAUCAUACUUCUACAUUUCCAGGGAGGUAUGGGAUUUACAGUACCAGUAAAAAGUUUGGACAUAUCUACUAAUUCCAGGGUUUUCUUUAUUUUUACUAUUUUCUACAUAGUAGAAUAAUAGUGAAGACAUCAAAACUAUGAAAUAACACAUAUGGAGUCAUGUAGUAACCAAAAAAGUGUUGAACAAAUCUAAAUAUAUUUAUAUCAUAGAUUCUUCAAAGUAGCCACCCUUUGCCUUGAUGACAGCUUUGCACACUCUUGGCCUUCUCUCAACCAGCUUCAUGAGGCAGUCACCUGGAAUGCAUUUCAAUUAACAGGUGUGCCUUGUUAAAAGUUCAUUUGUGGAAUUCCUUUCCUUCUUAAUGUGUUUGAGCCAAUCAGUUAUGUAGUGACAAGGUAGGGGUGGUAUACAGAAGACAGCCCUAUUUGGUAAAAGACCAAGUCCAUAUUGUGGCAAGAACAGCUCCAAUAAGCAAAGAGAAAUAAUAGUCCAUCAUUACUUUAAGACAUGAAGGUCAGUCAAUCCAAGAACUUUUAAAGUUUCUUUGAGUGCAGUCACAAAAACCAUCAAGCGCUUUGAUGAAACUGGCUCUCAUGAGGACUGCCACAAGAAAGGAAGACCCAGAGUUACCUAUGCUGCAGAGGAUAAGUUCAUUAGAGUUACCUGCCUCAGAAAUGAAAUGCUUCACAGAGUUCAAGUAACAGACAAAUCUCAACAUCAACUGUUCAGAGGGGACUGUGUGAAUCAGGCCUUCAUGGUUGAAUUGCUGCAAAGAAACCCCUACUAAUAAGAAGAAGAGACUUGCUUGGGCCAACGAACACGAGCAAAGGGCAUUAGACUGGUGGAAAUCUGCCCUUUGUUCUGAUGAGUCCAAAUUAAAUAUUUUUGGUUCCUACCUCCGUGACUUUGUGAGACGCAGGGUAGGUGAACGGAUGAUCUUCACGUGUGGAUCCCACCGUGAAGCAUGGAAGUGGUGUGAUGGUGUGGGUUGCUUUGCUGUUGACACUGUCUGUGAUUUAUUUAUAAUUCAAGGCACACUUAACCAGCGUGGCUACCACAGCAUUCUGCAGCGAUACGCCAUCCCAUCUGGUUUGCGCUUAGUGGGACUAUCAUUUGUUUUUCAACAGGACAAUGACCCAAAACACACCUCCAGGCUGUGUAAGGGCUAUUUGACCAAGGAGAGUGAUGGAGUGCUGCAUCAGAUGACCUAGCCUCUAUAAUCACCCGACUUCAACCCAAUUGAGAUGGUUUGGGAUGAGUUGGACCGCAGAGUGAAGGAAAAGCAACCAACAAGUGCUCAGCAUAUGUGGGAGCUCCUUCAAAACUGUUGGAAAAGCAUUCCAGGUAAAGCUUGUUGAGAGAAUGCCAAAAGUGUGCAAUGCUGUCAUCAAGGCAAAGGGUGGCUACUUUGAAGAAUAUUUGUUUAACACUUUUUUGGUUACUACAUGAUUCUAUAUGUGUUAUUUCAUAGUUUUGAUGUCAUCAAUACUAUUCUACAAUGUUAAAAUAACGUCAAAAUUAAAGAAAAACCCUUGAAUAAGAAGGUGUGUCCAAACUUUUGACUGGUACUGUAUGUGCUUUUGGAAGUGACAAAAAUAUCUGUGUUAGGAGCAAAAAGUAUCUACCCCUGAAAGUGUUGGAUGAAUUAUGAUCACUUACAUAUGUGGCCAUGUACAUAAUCAUGCAGCCUUAGGGACAGCAAACGGUGAACUGAAAUAGUUGCAUGAAAAGUGCUAUUUUAAUUUGAAUGAAAAACUCCAUCUCAAAGUGAUUGCUAUUCGAUAUCCACCGUGACCCCAAUGUUUAGCUACUGCAAUGUCAACUAGGACAGUAGUUCUUUGUAAAUUAUGUGAAAUGAUGUUGUCAUGAUGUUGGUGUUUUAGUUCUAAUUGUACAUAUUUGUUUCGUCAUGGCUGUUUAACAAACAUAACUUGUCACUCUGCCUUCACACGUCUGUGUCAUUUAAGUGCUUACCGUGUUUAGUCACAGAAUCCUCUCAUUUUUAACUUAUUGUUUUGUCGACACAUUUUGUUCUGGUUUCUUCCAUUUCUUUUUUAAGAUAUAAUAAAGUGAAAAAAAGUAUUAAGAUCAUA